AAAAAAAAAUCAUCCAAGCGCGCGGCGGAGAGACAAAAAACAAAAGAGAGCGAGAGAGCGAGCGGGACCCAAGCGGCGUUCACGUUGCCAACUUUCCCGCAAAAAAUAACCACAAUCGCCCUAAAAACAAUAGAAAACAAGUACAAUGGCCGUCAGCGAAGACUUCUGGAUAACUCUGGAUAAUUUUCGCGCCUCCAUUGUGUGUUCGGGCGACCUGGCGGAGGCGACGGCGGCGACUCGGCGGGAUGCGAACGUGGACGAGGAUAACAUGGGGGUCUUGGCCAAAUGUGAGGGCAUCAUAGAAAACGUGGUGGCGAGCCUGAGCCGCGGGGAGCCUCCUGUCCUGAGGGUGCCGCGGCCCAGCAGAUCUGACCCAUUCGGAGGAGUCGCUGGAGGAGGAGGAGGAGGAGGAGGAGGAGAACAAGGAGCCGCAGGAACAGGAGGAACAGGAGGAGAAGCGUUGGUCAGCCUCGGCGGGUCUCGAAGCCACCGCCGCAUCAGCCUCCUUCUUCACCUCCUCAGUCAGGUGCACCGACUCGUGGCCAGCGGUACCUAUGCCACGCGCAGGGACGUCUUUUACGAGUUCGUGUGGCUGUACCGAAGUCAGGGCACAUUGGACAGGGCAGCGGAGGACCUAACCCGACUCCUUGCAGUACCCCGACGCGCCCUCCAUCUGACAGCUACCGGGAAGGGGUUGGUGGCGGGGUACCUCACCUAUACAACGCACGACGGGACGGUAGUGAAUGUGGCGCAGGCUGGAAAUGGUGUGGGCGUGCCGGACUGCGUGGCGGGGCUGGCGGGGCUUCAGUCCGAGGCGCGCUACGUCCUGGUGGUGGAGAAAGACGCCACCUUCCAGAAACUGCUCGAGAGUCACUUCCUGCGCUCCUUCGGUCCUGCCAUCAUGGUCACGGGCAAAGGGUAUCCGGACCUGAACACAAGGCAGCUGGUGUACAGGCUGUGGCGGGACCUGCAGCUUCCUAUUCUUGCCCUCACGGACGCCGACCCCUACGGCCUCCACAUCGCCGCCGUGUAUAAGUUUGGGGCCCUGGCCAGGGAGGAGCAGGGUCUGUCCGUCAGCAGUCUGGCCUGGCUGGGGGUCCUGCCUACCGAUCUGCGUGGCCUGCAACUCCCUGCCCACGCCCUGCUGCCCCUUACGCCCAAAGACCACGGAAAGCUGGCCUCUCUUGCCGCCCACCCCGCCCUCAGCAGACACCCCGCGUGGGUCAGACAGAUCGAGGAGCAACAAAGGCUGGGCUGCAAGGCUGAGAUACAGGGUCUGACUCACGUAGCUCAGGACUACCUCUCCACCACAUACCUGCCCACCAAGCUGAGGCAGGGCGGCUGGGUGGGCUGAGGCAGGUGUUCAGGACAGGUGUGGAGUGACAGGUGUGGUGGUGUGGUGCAGAUGUGUAGUGGAGGGAAAUGAGGAUGUGGUGUUUUUGAGGAAGAGGGAAGUGGAGGAGGAGGAGUUGUAGUAGUGGAAAUAGUAGUAGUAGUCGUAGUAGUAGUAGUAGUAGUAGUAGUAGUAGUAGUAGGAGGA